GCAGCUGACGCUUGGGCAGUACACCAGCAUGAAGUUCCAGUACAAAGAAGACCAUCCUUUCGAGUACAGGAAAAAGGAAGGGGAGAAAAUCAGAAAGAAAUAUCCCGACAGAGUCCCUGUAAUUGUGGAAAAAGCACCAAAAGCCAGAGUACCUGACCUAGAUAAAAGGAAGUAUCUUGUGCCUUCCGACCUCACAGUUGGCCAAUUCUACUUCUUAAUCCGAAAGCGGAUCCAUCUGAGGCCGGAGGAUGCUCUGUUCUUCUUUGUCAAUAAUACCAUCCCUCCCACCAGCGCUACCAUGGGACAGCUGUAUGAGGAUAACCAUGAGGAGGACUUUUUUCUCUAUGUGGCCUACAGUGAUGAGAGCGUCUAUGGCAAGUGAGCACCAGCCACCAGUCAUGCCAGCAAGAUGGACAGAUGGAACUGAUUUUGGCGGGGGGGGGUAUGUUGGAGAGGAGGAAGGAGAAUGCCUGAGAAGAGGGGAAGAGAACUGGAAAUGAAUCACGUGCACAAUGCCAUCACCUUCAUGCAUUAAUUAUAAUCAUUAUUUUUAAAUUGAGGGGAGGGAGGGUAAGAGGAAAUGGUGUGAAAGAGCGAACUGAUAGGGUAACAAGAGGUUCAGUGCUGAGGAAAGAGGACACUCCACUUUUCAUAGUUCUUCUCUUGCCACAGCUGGAAUUUUGUUAGCCAGUACUGGAGGCUGCUAGACAAGCCAGUGUUGUGGACCUCCUGCAGAGUGACUGGGCAGGAAAUAAAUGGCUAUUCAUGUGUAACCCUUUCUUGGGAUGAGAGAGGCACGUCUGCAACACGUAUUGUACACUGACCUUGUCACACCUUUCCCAUGGCUUGGAUUGCACUCCUAUGAGCAUUCAGUGAGCAGUGCAGUACUUUGUUCUGUCCAUACAAGGCUGUCCUGUGCUGACAGUCCUCACUCCAGCUGUUGCCUGUGAAGCGUUGCAAAACUAUUGUAUUUCCCAUCGCAUCACUAUUGGAAGGGUUAACUCUGAGGGCUCAGAACUCCUCAGUUUAAAGGCUGAGAAGGAGGGGAAAAAGAGGAAGGUUUUUUUUUUCUGUGUUGCUUUAAUUACAAAUUCUAGACAAAAAAAUUUUAGACCUACCCUUUUGUUCUUUUCAGUGAAACCAACUGAUAGAUUCAUAAGCAUAGGGCUAGAAAGGACAUCAAGAGAACUUCUAGCCCACUCCGACUCUGAGACAGGACUGAGUAUACCAAAAAUUUACAUGGCUGUUCAUCUAACUUGUUCUUAGUGAACUUCAUUGAUGCAGAUCCUGUAGGCUGCUGUAGCCUGUUCCAGUUCCUAGCUAGCCUCCAAUUUAGAAAGCUUUUUGUGAUAUCUAACUUCAGUCUCCCUUGCUAUAUAUUAAGGCAACUGACUACUAAUGGUCUUGGUAUUGGUAAGCAUGGAGAAUAAUCUAUUUGUGUUGUCUUUGUUACAGUCUUCUGCAAAUUUGAGGGUGGCAGAAAUUCUGUGGGUUUAACCUGCCCUUCCAUGUCUCGUUCCUGUACAGAUCUUGCAUCACAUUCACAAGCAGAGGAAAUCAGUCCCUCAUAAAUGCGUUUUCCUGGCUUUCGGUGAUUGGACACUCUUUGCCUUGAGAGAAGUGCUUUUAGGCAUGGGGGAGAUAGGGACUAAAUCACUUCAGGGCAGAUUCCCUAUAAAUUGCUUUUUUUUUUCCUUUUCUUUUUUCUUUUUUUUUUCUUUUAAGACAGUGUUGUUCUUAGAAAGGUACUAGACAGAUUCUGUCCUGUGCAAGCCUUAUGCUGUCAUGCCAAAGCAGUUUCUUCCUGGUGGCACAAACAGCAGAUUUUCCCAUAACUGCCAUUACUCUGAUGAAGGAGAUGGUGUUUGGGAAAUGAGCUGACUUCCAGGAAAAUUCUAGGUUAUUCUAGGUUAUCUAAAAAUCAGAGAACUGAACUGAAUUACUGUAAACAUUCCUACAUAUAGGAGAGGGACCAAGAAGGAGGAAAAGUCAAGAAGGAUGAAGAAGGCAGGCGGAUCCCAAAGUAAGUUGAGAGUGUUUGCUGUAUUUAUAUGAAGAAAUUAGAUCCUGGUGCUCAGGAAUGAGAAAUCAAGAUGAGUGCUUCUCUGCUUGUAGGAGAUAGAAAAUCAGAUUUCAGCCUUUUCUGACUGCUGUUCCAUUAAAUUGUAUGAGGCAAGAAGAGCAUUCUGGGAGUGUGGCGCAAGAGUCAUUGGCAGAGCUGUGUGAAGGUGAGGGAGGUCGUAGGGCAGGAGGAUCACUGCCGUUGUGGUAUGGAAAGUAGCAGACUGGAAUGGGAGAGAAGGGAAGAUGUGCAAAGAGUGUAGUCAGGGUAAUCAUAAUGAGCAGACAGAAAAUGGGGGAACAAAGGAAGAAAUGCAUGGCUUAGUAUUCCCAGCUUUUCAUUCUGAACUUCAGUUUUGCUGCUCAGUCGUGUGCUCAUCUGGAGUAAACAUGUUGGGUUAAAUUAUACGUAUUGCCAGUCUAAAUCAAUUCUGCCUACGGGGUACAGUCCUCUCUUUUUGACCCACUCUCUUCUGAUUAUCAGGCUCUUUUCACAUCCUUUGCAUGCAAAUUCACAUCAGUUGUUUCAGGAAGCUGUGACAGAGAACAGAUCCAGAAGAAUUUUUAGGGUAAAAGACAAGAUAGGGCAGAACAAGAUGGUGCCCAUCUCUAUCACUGUCCCGCUUGCUCAUGCAUACUACUAAGCACAUGGUUAUGUGUUGUUUCAAACUAACCCAUGGUUGGGCACACGCAGGGGAGAAAGAGUUGGAAUGUGAGAUGCUUGAUUUUGUGUUCAGACCUCCCCUUCCCUCACACAGCUGGGUUUGUAAGUAAGUGAUGUGUGGGACUAAUCUCAGCUGUUUGUUACAUGUAAGGUUUACUGAUUAAUAUAAUUAUUUUACAUUUCUUUUAACUGAGUUGUGGCACUUUUGUUUUUGCGCUAGUCCAAUAUUGUAAAAGGUAGUUGUGGUAAUUUUCUUUCUUUUAGUUAGCUUCUUGUAACAUAAAGUUCAUAUUACUUGAGCUAAAUCAACCAAUCAAUAAAGACACAUUUGGAAAUUAAA